CCCCCCCUUCCCACGCCCCAGUGCGCUGUGGGAUAGUGGCACUAUAAAGUAUAUCCUCUCUUGGAGAAAGAUAAGAAACCCGAGACAGGAGGGGAUGAAGAUGGCGGACGCCAAGCAAAAAAGGAACGAACAGUUGAAACGGUGGUUAGGGUCGGAGACAGACAUCGAGCCUCCUAUUCUGAAAAAGAAGAAGACGAAGGUGAAGUUCGACGAUGGCGCCGUGUUUUUGGCUGCCUGCUCAAGCGGCGAUACCGAGGAGGUGCUCCGAAUGAUUGACCGGGGUGCUGACAUCAACUACGCCAAUGUAGACGGUCUGACUGCCCUCCACCAGGCGUGCAUAGAUGACAACGUGGACAUGGUGACGUUCCUGGUGGAGCAUGGGGCUGCCAUCAACCAGCCCGACAAUGAGGGCUGGAUCCCCCUCCACGCCGCAGCCUCCUGUGGAUACAUGGACAUAGCAGAGUAAGUACAGCUGCUGGGCCAG